AUGUUUGUUCUCAUCUGGUCGGCUCUGUUUGUCUCUGUAAAAGGAAACAUUGCUGACACGGGUGCCUCAGCCUGGGCACAACAACACUGUUACGACGAAGGAUACUGUAUUAAUCUCACUGGGCGGGAACUAACAGCAGAAGCUGGACUCUGUGUUGUGAUCCCGUGUUCUUUCACUACUGCUGAUGGCUUUACACCCAAACAUAUAGUUUGGUACAAAUGUGAAGCAUCUCAAAAAUUUUGCAGUGAUGCUGACAUAAUAUUUCACAGCAACAAAAACACAGACAAAAAAGCUCAGUCUGGGUUUGAAGGACGAGUCUCACGCUUGGAGCCUGAUGUGAGUCAGAACAACUGCAGCAUCAUCAUUAAUGAUCUGAAAGAGUCUGAUUCUGGAUCAUAUCGGCUUGGAGUUACUGGUGAACUGAAUGGACGACAAGAUCGAUUCACAUUCAUUCCAAGAGUAAAUGUUUCAGUUAAAGUUCUUAAUCAGAAGCCCAGAGUAAUGAUUCCCACACUGACUGAGGGACAGCAGGCCACACUGACCUGCACUGCUCCUGGUCUCUGCUCUGGAUCUGUUCCUGAAAUCACCUGGACAUGGAGAGGAGCAGGAGGGUCUGAAUCUUACAUUACAGGAAACAGCGUGGAUUUCAAGACUGAGAAUCUGACUGAUGCAACACAGAGACACAUCUCAACUUUAACCUUUAAUCCUUCAGCUGAACAACACAACACCACUGUUACCUGUAAAAUCCACUUCACAGGUGAAACAACUACAGAAGAGGCUUCAACUUUGAAAGUAAACUAUAUGAAGGACGUUGAAGUCAUUGGGGUGACAAGUGUGAGGGAGGGAAAUGUUCUGAAUCUGACCUGCAGUGUUGAAAGUUUCCCGCCAGCUCAUAUUGUGUGGAAAAAAGUUCCUCCCAACACAAACCUUCAGACUGAAAACACUGACCUGCACUAUGAUACUGGAUCUGCUACACUUGUCAGUCCGAAUGUGACAGCAGAAAAUUCUGGGCAGUACAUCUGUAUGGCAAAACAUCUGGACAAAACACUGACUUCCUAUGUCAAUGUGACUCUGACAUGGCAUACAAAGAUACAGGAUGGCUCUGUAUGUGUGCUUCAGUCAGAGGUUUUGACCUGUGUGUGUAUCAGUGAAGGGUUUCCUUUACCUAACAUCAAAUGGCUGCUCCUAGAAAACCACACUCAGUAUACUCUCAUUACUAUUGUUUCAAACCACACAGUCAACAGCACUGUCAGUCUCACUGUAAAAAACCAUGGCAACAGCACUGUUGGAUUUCUUAGCAACACUGGGCAUGUAGAAGAAAGAGAGAAUCUAAUUUCAGUACUGGAUUUUUAA